AUGCAUGGUGGAAGUCCACUGAAACCAUCCUGCCUAGUGGCCCUACAGCCUAACCUCACAUGGGAACACUUUAAAGUGGCAUUCUACAACAACUACUACCUAGACAGUGUGAGGGAGAGGAAGGAAACAAAGUUCAUAGAGCUAAAACAAGGGUCCAACUCGGUAUUGGAAUAUCAACAAGAUUUUGAGAAGUUGUUCUUCUUCACACCUGAGCAUUUGAAGGGGGAUCAGGCAAAGGCGAAGAGAUUUGAGAAAGGGUUAAGAUCCGCUAUAGGAACUCUGUUAGUGGCUCAGUACCUCCACAAUUAUGCCCAGGUGGUUCAGGCUGCCAAAUCCAUUGAGGACAAACAAAGAGAGAACUAUCAUACCAUACAAGGGAAGAGGACAGUGGCACCUAGUAGGUUUGGUAAGGGGACAUAUUCUAGUUUAGCCUCAAGUCAGUAUAGAAGACUAGAAAUAGGACAAGCACCACCACCACCUAGACCCAUGGUAGCACAGUCUCAGACAGUCCCAUUAAAGUGUUUUGUCUGUCAGCAAACGGGUCACUUUGCAAGAAAUUGCUCACAGAGGAGACCGGGUGACCCCUAUGUAGGACCAGCCAGAUCAGUGCAGCCAUUAUCUGCCACCCGUCCGGCUCAGGCACCACAGGGAGCUAGGCUACAAGGGAAAGUGUUUGCACUGACUAUUGAGGAAGCGAAGGCAUCACCUGGAGUGGUCACAGACAAGUUAGUAGUUAGCACAUCGACUGGGAGUGAGGUAGGAUUAGAGGAGAUUUAUGAGCCGUGUCCUAUUCAAGUUUGUGGAUGGGACAUGAUUGCUCAUUUGAUUAAAUUAGAGAUGCGUGACUUCGAUGUUAUCUUAGGUAUGAAUUGGUUAUCCACCUAUAGGGCAUGUGUUUUAUGGGCUGAGAAGAAAAUUGUAUUCAAACUUCGAGAAUGA